AUGCGGUACGAGGAUUGGGAUGUCCUUCUUUUCGAGGAGGGCUCUAGUAUUCCCUCUCGGGAAUUUAAGGUGAUAUGUCAUGUCGUUCAACAUGCGGAGUCCAUGGGCUCUGCUCUUCCCACCCUUACGUGUUUUGUUCCUGGCCUCAACGCUGGAGUUCCCUUUCGUCUGUCUAUCCAUUCUUGGAAAGCAUUAAAGGAUUUAAAUGGUGAUCAUAUCCUCAAUAUCAACAAUUCGGUCCUUGAAACCAGGCUCUUUAUCGAUGGAACUCUUGUUGCGUAUGCUUCCCAUUUGGCUGCUGGUAUCAUUGCUAAUGAUGGCAGAUCUACCUCUGCCACCGGCAGCAUUCGCUUCCCAUUGAUCAUAAACAGGCAAGGUCACGAGAGCCUCAAGUUUCCCUUUUUCCAGCAGGAACUGCUCUAUCAACGUCAUUGGAGCCCAGCCGACAACCUCGGCCGUAUCAAACUCCUCAUCAACCAAAGCUUUUCCAGUGCUUCGCCGAGUGUUUUGUUCACGGGCAAGGUCAACAAGACAGUCGUCUUUUCCUUUCAACAUGCACCCCAACACAUUUUAGAAGGCCUUCAGAUUGCCUGGCCUAACCCAGCCAUGUGGAAUCGUCAACGCCAACCUUCUGCACCAGCUUCUACCGAUAGUUCCCAUGUCAGCUCACGUCCACCACUUUUUGCGCGUCGUGGACUAGCGGGCCCGGAACAUAUUAAUGAUGCCGCUCUUGGAACGAUGCCAUUUUCUGGUAACCCUACAUUUGGAUGCCCAAAUACUCCAGUAAACGGGCCAAUGUCACCAUGGAGUUAUGUUCUCGCCCCGCCAGGAAGAGAAGGGUCACCAUAUUUGUUGGCUUCCGAGGUGCAGCCUCGUAGAAACCACGAACGAGCAUGGCCGACUUCUCCAAUUUUCACCGACGCCACGUUUAGGUUGGAUCAGACCCAGAAUGCAUCGCAACAGAUGUACCCCCAGCCGAACAGUGCUCCGAUGUUAUUUGUGCAACCUCAGCUACACAGUCCUGCGAUUCAAGGGUCGACCGAAUUCGGCCGAGGAACUCCAAGAAAUCCUGCCAGGCUUAUCUUUGCGCCGAAACGCAACAGUCCACAGGAGUCUUUCAACUUGGAUGUUAUUGAGAGGGCGACAAAGAGAGCUCGAACCAACACUCCAGAGUCUGCAAAGACACUUAACCACGAACAGCAAAAUAUCAGCCCUCACUUUGGUAGCCCUUACGAGUUGAUAAACCUAGCUGAGGAUAUCAUUUGAUCUUACGAGCGGAUUAGGCGGUCCCCUUGUAGUCAAUUACGGAACGCAUCAUAUGACAUGGUAGGGGUAUGUUAUCUCACCGUUUCCGACAUUGUUGCUCUUGUCCUACAUGUAGCAUUAACCCAUGUUUUAUCACAUAUCAACAUUUGUUGUCUAGCUGGUUAGAUGCACAAGCAUAGUUUGACCUUCGACAGGCUGUCGUUAAUACAACAUGCGAUGAUUCAUCAG